AAUACUUUCAUUUUUCUUCAUGGACAGAUAACCCAAAGUAUUCUCUACAAAAUGGAAGUCAAGCUAGUCUUGAUUUCCAGUGAUUCGGGAGUGGUAUCCGAUUUUUUUGGGCCUCAGAAUCGGUACUAAGUGACUUCAGGUAGUCCGAUAAGAACUUCACAAAAGCGAAUUUACAAAAUCCAUUGACUUUUUCAGAGGAUUUCCAGAAAACGUUUGUCAAAAAAUGCUUUUUCAAUUUUUUCAAUAGUAUAAUCAUGUUAAAGGGACAAAACUUUGAAAAACAUUCUGAAGUCACUUAGUACCGAUUCUGAGGCCCAAAAAAAAUCGGAUACCACUCCCGAAUCACUGGAAAUCAAGACUAGCUUGACUUCCAUUUUGUAGAGAAUACUUUGGGUUAUCUGUCCAUGAAGAAAAAUGAAAGUAUUCGUACUGGAAGUUUUUGAACUAUGAGUUGAUUCUCCAACGAUCUCCUCAAAAUCCUACUUUAGAAAAAUAUUUUCGGAUUAAUAUUUGUUAAUAAAAUGUGUUCUGUUCCAAAGUCUCUUCUUUUGAACGGUGAAAAUUCGAACUCUCUAACCACAUUUCAUUCUCCAGAUAUUCAAAUAAAUGGUUACGGGCAUUAAAUUUUUAAAACGAUAAUGAUUAUUUAUCAAAACCGUUUUCUUCGAGAAAUCGGUCAGCGCAUUUGUCGAAUCUUGCAAUUAGUUUAUUGAAAUUUGUUAAUGUAUUGGUUGUUUGGGUAACGAGCAGUACUCGUUUUAUAACUAAAAUGUUAUCAUCAUCGUUGUCGCUCAUUCCACUCGCAUCGAACGUACUUAUUGGACGUUCUCUUUUCGUUGGAACUGUUAGCAAGAUCUCUUCUUCUUCGUCAUUGUCAUCAAAGCUAACUUGAGAAUUUGUUAAGACAUUUUUAUUUGUCGAAAAGGUUUUAAAAAUGAUGCGGGUGGUCGAGGCGGUGUAAAAACAGCAUUAGAAACAAUGUGUGACGGUGAAGAAUUAAGAGGUUUAUCGUUUUGA